CUCUCUCUCUCUCUCUCUCACUCACUUUCCUAGAAAACCAACUAGAAUUUCCGAUUCUUCUGGGGAAGAAGACGAAGGAAACACCCGCGACGACGAGAAUGGAGCUACAUUUUUCAAGUGUCUCGUAUCAUCCCCUUCCUACCUGAUUUUCUUCGAUUUGGCUCCACUUUAUUCCUUGUUAUUUGACUGAACUCCGAUGAGCUCCUUUCUAUUUGCAGGGCUAUUGCGCUGAUCGGUCGUUUUUUUCUUUCUAGAUAGCUAUAAUAUUUCCAACAACGAAGCUAACAGGGCCAUUCAAGUCUGAAGAAGAAUGUAAGUAGUUUUGGUGGAUCACCUCAAGGAUUCUGGUGAUCUUAAUUUUCUGGGCGUCCUUGAAAGAUUUCGUUUAGCUAGGAUCUCUGACUACGGGAAGAAGACUAUAUCACAUGUUUAAUGCGUAAACUGUUUGUUUACUGGUGAGGUUGCAUCGGCUGCUUUUGCUGGAUUAGUGUCAAGAAUAGACGUGGAGGAAGAAAAAAGGUUAAGGUUGCCUGCUCUGUAUUUCCUUACCAAAUGGCUUUGUCGAAUAGAACACUUCUAUUCUAUUACUGGUUUUAAGGUUCAUAGCUUGUUCAUUUUUAAGCCAGCAAGGAUUUGAACCUUUGAGUAGGCAAUGGCUAGUGUGGCACUUAGUUCAUUGUACGAAAAAUCUUUUAACUCCCCUGGUAGAUUUACCAACUUCUGUGGUCCUCAAAUGAGGGACUCAAUUUUGAUUUACCUAACAGUUGGUGGAUCUAUGAUUCCCAUGCGUAUUAUGGAGACAGAUUCAAUUGCCUCAGUGAAGCUGAGAAUUCAGACCUUUAGAGGCUUCUUUGUAAAGAAGCAGAAAUUGGUUUUUGAGGGGAGGGAAUUGGCUAGGAACAAUUCUUGUGUUCGUGAUUAUGGUGUGACUGAUGGGAAUGUGUUGCACUUGGUGCUGAGGCUCUCUGAUAUUCAAGCUAUUACUGUUAGGACUAUAUGUGGAAAGGACUUUGAGUUUUAUGUUGAGAAGAAUAAAAAUGUGGCUUAUGUUAAGCAGCAGAUUGAGAGGAAGGGCAAAGGAUUUGUAAACCUCAAGGAUCAAGAACUGAUAUGUGAUGGUGAGGCGCUUGAAGACCAGAGACUCAUUGAGGAUAUUUGUAAGGAUAAUGACGCUGUAAUUCAUUUGUUGGUGAGACGGUCUGCCAAAGUGAGGACUAAAGCAGUUGAUAAGGAUUUUGAAUUGUCAAUUGAGGCACCGUACGCACACGAGAAGGUGGUAAAUUUAGGUGAUGAACAUUUAGAGCCACUGUUUGUGACAAAUAAGUUCCUGGACAGGAAGCAGUUGAUAAAAGAUUUUCUUUUGCAACCAAUUAUUGUUAACUCCAAUAUCAGAGUUCCACUAGUGAUCCAGGAGCUGAUUAAAACUACUUCACAGGGCUUAGAGAGGGCCAACAAACCAAUUCGAUCUUCAGAGGGUUCAGGAGGUGCUUAUCUCAUGCAAGAUUCAUCUGGUUCAAAGUAUGUUUCUGUUUUCAAGCCUAUUGAUGAGGAGCCAAUGGCUGUUAAUAAUCCUCGAGGGCUUCCUGUUUCCGUCAAUGGAGAAGGCUUGAAGAAAGGCACACGAGUAGGACAGGGGGCAUUGAGAGAAGUUGCAGCAUACAUUUUGGAUCAUCCUAGGAAUGGGCCUCGCACUUAUAGUUGUAACAAUGAGGAGCGGGGAUUUGCUGGGGUUCCUCCAACAGUAAUGGUGAAAUGCUUGCAUAAAGGAUUCCAGCAUCCCAAGGAAUGUAAGUAUGAGUCAGGUGAUAUAAAAAUAGGGUCGCUCCAGAUGUUCAUGGGCAAUGUCGGAAGUUGUGAAGAUAUGGGUCCUCUUGCAUUUCCAGUAGAGGAGGUGCACAAGAUCUCAGUGUUGGAUAUCAGAUUGGCAAAUGCAGAUAGGCAUGCUGGAAACAUCUUGGUUCGCAAGGAUGGCCAAGAUGGUGGAAUAGUACUUAUUCCAAUUGAUCAUGGCUAUUGCUUGCCUGAGAUGUUUGAAGACUGCACAUUUGAUUGGUUGUACUGGCCACAAGCUCAGGAGCCUUACUCUGCAGACACCAUUGAUUACAUAAAAUCUCUGGAUGCUGAAGCAGAUAUAAAGCUUUUGAAGUUCCAUGGAUGGGACCUUCCUGCCAAAUGUGCUCGUAUCCUUCGCAUAUCAACCAUGCUUUUGAAGAAAGGUGCUGAGAGAAGACUCACUCCUUUCGCCAUCGGAAGCGUCAUGUGCAGAGAAACACUGAAGAAGAAAUCCGUCAUCGAGCAGAUUGUUGAGAAAGCAGAAGAAGCUGCACUUCCUGGAUCGAGUGAAAAUGCCUUUCUGGAUAUUGUCUCAGAGCUCAUGGAUAGUCAUUUAGAUGAGCUAGCCCUUUGAGUAAAAUACUUAUAUGAUGAUACAACCAUCUCCUCCCAUUCUCGUGUUGCGUGGAUUGUGAUCACACCUGUUCUAUCACCUUAUCACGUGUCGAAUACUCGCGUUGUUGUGUUGCAAAAUGAAGUAUAUGACCUUAUGCUUGUGUGUGUGUGAAACAUGAAAAUAGUAUAACGACCAUGAAUGUUUGCACGGGCUUGUUCUAGUAA